UGCGCUGGACUCGGUGCUGCGGAGCUGCCUCUGCCUCAGCCUCACAGUCUCUCUCUCUCCACACACUGCCUCACGCGCCGCCUCACACACUCGGAGAUCCGCUCCAGCCCCGCUUCUGCCUCAGCCUGAGUGGAAUAUGGAUCUACCUCUCAGGUUUACCCGGAGGACGCGUUACUGGGCUUGUUUGGAAUAAGUGAGAUUGUGGAGGAUCUCAGGGGGCUUCAGCUGGUGUCUAAACAAAGGUGUUGAGAUGCCGGAUGAAUCAGCGCUCGGGUUCCUCUCUGUGACAAGGUGGGAGCCGCUGGACCUGAACUAAAGGCCAUCAGGGGAAUCCAGUCGGACUGGUGUGAAGAGUGCAACAUUGGCCAAAGAUAGCAGCAGAGUGCACUCUACAGGAUUGAGGUAUAGUAAGGUCCCUGGUGAGGAUACCUUCUUUUCAUUUGUUGGACCUCAGGCUGAAAACCUUGGAGCAGCACCUCGGGAUGUAGGAGUGACCACAGACCUCCAGGGGACUAAUCCAUGCAGGACGAGCUCCAUGCACUUGAGAGGAACCAGGACUCAGGAGGAUGUCGACAGAGGCAGAAACACAAGCAAGCGUCAAAGCCAGCGUGAAACGGGAGUCCAGGAGAAAAGGUCAGGACCGCAGUGAGCAGGCUCUGAUUAAGCGCUUCAGGGGCGAUGGCGUCCGCUACAAGGCCAAGCUGAUUGGUAUUGAUGAUGUCUCUGCGGCUCGUGGAGACAAGCUCUGCCAGGACUCCAUGAUGAAGCUGAAGGGGAUCGCUGCCUCGGCACGGUCCAAAGGCGAGCACAAGCAGCGAGUGUUCUUAACCGUCUCCUUCGGUGGAAUCAAGAUCUACGAUGAGAGAUCAGGGGUGUUACAGCACCACCAUUCCGUGCAUGAAAUCUCCUACAUCGCCAAAGACACCAGAGACCACCGUGCCUUCGGCUACGUCUGUGGAAAAGAGGGCAACCACAAGUUUGUGGCCAUCAAGACAGGCCAUUCGGCGGAGCCUCUGAUCCUGGAGCUGCGUGACCUCUUUACACUCAUCUACGACAUAAAGCAGAGGGAGGAAGUGGAGAAGAAAGCUCAGAAAGAGAAGCACUGUGAACAGGCUGUGUACCAGACAAUUCUCGAAGAUGACACUGAUGACCCUGUAUAUCAGUACAUUGUGUUUGAAGCUGGACACGAGCCUCUCCGUGGCCCCCUAUCAGAGGAAAGCGUUUACCAGGUCCCAACGAGUCAGCAGAAAGAAGGGAUCUAUGAUGUUCCAAAACGCCAUUUUAUGACUAACAUCAAUCAGUUUGACCUGUUUGGAGACAUGGCUACUCCUCCAGACAUCCUAUCAAUGCCUGCAUCUCCUGCUAAUACCCUGGACCCUGGGCGACGGAGGCGGCAGCACCCCCCUGAACUCUUCACUCACUUCAGCCCCCCUGCUGUGCCUUCAGGCUACAUGACGAUGGGUGCUGUGCAGGCUGCUCAGUGGGCUCAGCAGUCAUUUACAGCUCCAGGCACUCCUCUGGCGUUUGGGGUCCAGGCUCCACUACAGGUGGCCCAGGUACUUCCCGGUGGCCAGCCGUUAAUCUGGGGCCAGGCCAACCUUUUCCACUCCCCGGCCACAGGCCAACAGCAAUGGGCUUUUGUUCCAGCUCAGACGGUUGGUAUGGGGGGGCACCCCUUGCCUGCUGCUGUGCUCCAGGGCCUGGUUCCCAUAGCAGCCAUGCGGCCUCACUCCUGUGAGCCGUCUGCACCAUCUUCAGCCAUCACCAGCCCUCAGCACACAGUUGACCCCCUACUGCAGCGGGGUGCCUUCAGGGACACACUAAAUGAGAAUGUCCAGGAGGAGGCACAGGACUCAGAGGCACAGUCUGCAGCCACCAGCGGUCCGCAAGCACAGUCAGAAGGAGCCACACCACCUUGUGGGAUGCAGGAAGUAGAGGUCUGCUGUGGCGAGCUUGACCUCUCACAGCUGAGCUUGACCCCGGGAUCAUCUACGUCACCUUCCACGACAGACUCUCCUGCUACACCUGCUCCCCAGCAGGGUAUCCCAACGCUCCCCUCUGACCCUCCAAAAGAGCCUUCUCCUGUGGAAACAGAGGCCAGCGAUGGCCAUCUUGAAGAGGCACCUCCCUUGGGAGCAGCAGAGAGCAGCAGCCGUGAUGUGACAGAGGAAGCGCCGCUGCUGAUUCCUGCUGAAACAGAGGGAAACGGUUUGUCAGUGUGGGGUUACGAAGACGCCCUGAUGGGAAUUCCAGGUUUCGAAAGGUUUCGCGUCACGCUGGACGAGCUGGUGACCUCUAAUCACACUCUUCUGGCUGUAACAGUGGGCGGUCAGCUGGAAGACCGAAUGCAGCUGCGGCCCCCUCUGGACCCUGUGGACUGCGCUCUGUCUGAGUGGUCUCCAUGGACACGCUGUGACCCCUGCCUCAAAAAGAGGUAUCGCUUUGCUUGGUUGGAGCAGCCGUCUCAGUUCGGAGGGGAGCUGUGUCAUGAGCUCGGCCGUCGGGUGGAGUCCUGUACCCCCCCACCCCGCUACAGCUGCCAGAGCAAGAGCCCACUCUGCCAGGGCUUCGUCUGCACCAGCACAGGCCGUUGUGUGUUGGAGGGUCUGCGCUGUAACGGUGAUGAUGACUGUGGUGAUGGCUCUGAUGAGCUGGGCUGUAAGAAGGUGUUUCGAGCCUGCAGUGAGCCCACCGAUGAGUACUACGGCAUCGAGAACCUGGCCAAAGGGAUCAAUGUCCUGAACAGUAACUUGGAGGGGCUGGUGCUAGAUAAUCGCUACUAUGCCGGCGGGUGCCUCCCCCACUACAUCCAGGACAUACGCUUCAGGAAACCGUACAAUCUCCAACAGUACACACUAGAGACAAAAGGCUCACGUGACUUCAAGUUUGAGUCUUACAGCUCGUACACACAGUUUGUUGAGGAAACUAUGAGAGCCACUCUGUCCAAGACCAGCGUCUCCUUCGGCAUCUCUUUGGGAGUAUUCUCCUUCAGCUUCGACUACAAUGAUGAGCAGUACAAGAAGUCUGUGAAGAAGCUUCGUCGGUUUUCCGGAACGGACAGCCAGUUCAUCCAUGCCCACUCUCAGAUCGAGCUGGCGCGCUAUGCUCUAAAGACAGAAGGCCUGAUGCUGCACCCAGAAUUUCUGUCCCGCCUGCGUGCUCUGCCGCUGGAGUACACGUACGGAGAGUACCGCCAGCUCUAUAACGACUACGGCACCCAUUACAUUACUGAGGCUACGCUCGGGGGAGACUUCGAUUACACCCUCAUCGUCAACAAGCAGGAGCUGAAAAAAUCUGGUUACAGUCUGGAUGAUGUUAAGCGUUGUACGGACAUGGGAUUUAAACUUGGGGUGGUCAUCAAAGGAGUGCCUGUGUCUGUAGGGAUGUCAUCGGGAGACUGCUCCGGUCUGCUGAAGGAGUUUGGAGACUCGGAGGAUCGGUCUUCAGUCCUGAGCGAGCACGUCGCCGUGGUGAGAGGGGGCGACAGUGAGACAAUUUCCCGUUUGGCCGCAAAGGAACUUCCGAACCCAGACAUCAUGCAGCGGUGGGGGGACGCGGUUUACUACAACCCCGACUUCAUCCGCACCAAGUUGUCUCCGCUCUAUGAGCUGGUGACCGCGCGAGACUUCAUCUCUGCUAACAUGCUGAAGAAGAACCUGCAGCGUGCGCUGGACACGUAUCUGAAAGAGGGCAGCUCAUGCCGCUGCACCCCCUGCCUAAACAACGGAGUGGCCGUCCUCAAAGGCAACAGAUGUGAGUGUAUCUGCCCUGCUGGCACUCGGGGAAUAAGCUGUGAAAUAACGAUGAGAACAGGAGUUGCAGUGGACGGUAGUUGGAGCUGCUGGUCCGAUUGGACCUGCAGAGGUCAAACCAAGCGGCGGACACGUCAGUGCACCAAUCCGGCGCCGCAGAACGGUGGAGUGCCGUGCCAGGGACUGAGCGAGGAGACGGCUGAUUGUUUGUAACGAUUGUCAGUCCUUCUAUCAGCUUUUCAGUGAAGGCAUGAAAGUUGUGUGGUUUGUAGAGGAGCAGCUUUUGAAGGACAUGUUGAAGAACAGCAUGUUGUGUGUUCACAUACGGAGCGUCCACUGCUCCUGUUACUGACAAAUAAACAAAUAAAACGCUCAGCAACACAAA